AUGUCUGCCGCGUCGGGCUCAGAUGCAUCUAGCAACGCUUCAUUGAAUUCGGCCGCUGGUCAGCAGCUGCUGCAUGCCCUACAAGAGGCGCAGGGGCAAGUGAACAGCCAGGCGGAGACUAUCGCGCAGCAGGCGGAGACCAUCGCGCAGCUGCAAGCCACUAACGCGCAGCUGCAAGCCACUAACGCGCAGCUGCAAGCCACUAACGCGCAGCUGCAAGCCACUGACACGCAGCAGGUGGGGCUAGCCAUUAAGGUUGGCAAGGAGCUCAAGAAGCACACGGCCGUAGAGCUUCCAGUGCAGAGCGUACUUGGCAGAUUCAGCAAGCAGCAGGUCAAGGAGUGGGCUUUCUCCCAUGGCUGCACAAAUGUUCUAUGGAAUGACUCCAUGGUCCAGUACAAGGGCAAGCUGGCGUUGGUUGCUUAGAGAGGUUCCUUGAUGAGCAGGGAUACGGAGCAAGUGGGCAGCUGCAGUCUAGAGCUAUGUGGUUCAGUGGUGUGUAGUAGGUGUUCACUAGGAAAAAUGGAAGCAGUGCAGUAGUAGUGUGAAACAGGUCACAGGUGAAGGUUGAUGAAGAACAUGUGUGUAUAAUUGCAUGCCAAGAAAAGGUACUGCUGUUGCUGUGAUGAUUUUGGUAGCAGCCUCCAGACUUGUAAAGAAUAGAGACAAUAGAUGCCUGUACAGGCCAGCUGGCUGUGCACUAUACUGCACAAUUCCACAUGAUGAGCAAGUGAGGUGACCAGGGCGACCCAGACUGUUGUGUGUAAUACAUACAUAUGUAUAUAAUUCCUGACGAAUGUGGUUUUGUGCCUACCCAUGCAGUACAAGCUUCUAUCCCCAAUGAUGGCAAAUAGAUGCUGAUGGCAUGAAUAAUGAAGUCAGACAGCUUUCCAAAAAAAAGAGAAUGAGUGAUUUAAUAGUGGACAGGGAAUCAUGUAAAAGCUCAUAA